AAACCAUAGCAUUAAUUUCCUUUAAGCAAUUAAUAUAGAAUAUUAUGCAUAUAAAUAUGGACUAGCAGUGCAAUAAAGAUAUCAUAGCUGCAUACUUGGUUUAUACUUUGGUAUAAUUAAAGCAAUACAUUCUUAAAAAGAAACUCUUCGAUUGAUCAUGUCUAUCAUUUUUCUGCUUGUUGGUAUACUGUCCAUUGGACUACAAUUUACAGCUGUGGAAUCCAUAGGAGUUUGCUAUGGAAUGAUUGGAAAUAAUCUACCAUCAAGGCAAGAUGUUGUGAAUUUAUAUAAAUCAAGAGGCAUUAACCAAAUGCGUAUAUUCUUCCCAGACGAACCAGCCCUCCAAGCCCUUAGAGGUUCCAACAUAGAAUUGAUCCUUGAUGUGGCUAAGGAAACCCUUCCUUCUCUUAGAAAUGCAAAUGAAGCCACAAAUUGGGUCAACAAAUAUGUGAGACCCUAUGCUCAAAAUGUAAAAAUCAAGUACAUCAGUGUUGGAAAUGAAAUUAAACCUAAUGACAAUGAGGCCCAAUACAUUCUCCCUGCCAUGCAAAACAUUCAAAAUGCAAUUUCAUCUGCAAAUUUACAAGGCCAAAUCAAGGUCUCAACAGCAAUAGACAUGACUUUGAUUGGUAAGUCAUUUCCACCCAAUGAUGGUGUUUUCAGUGACCAAGCAAAACCAUAUAUACAACCAAUAAUAAACUUCCUAAACAACAAUGGAGCACCACUUCUUGCUAAUGUGUAUCCGUACUUCGCUUAUAUUGGUGAUAAGGUAAACAUUCCUCUUGACUAUGCUCUUUUUAGACAACAAGGAAACAAUGCAGUUGGUUACCAAAACCUCUUUGAUGCCCAAUUAGACUCAGUAUACGCCGCUCUUGAAAAAGUUGGCGCUUCCGGUGUUAAGAUAGUUGUGUCUGAGAGUGGGUGGCCAUCUGCUGCUGGAGAUAGUGCCUCAACUGACAAUGCUGCCACAUAUUAUCGUAAUUUGAUCAAUCACGUCAAGAAUGGGACUCCUAAGAGACCCGGAGCAAUUGAGACUUACUUGUUUGCCAUGUUUGAUGAAAAUCAGAAGACUGGUGCAGCAACUGAACAACAUUUUGGUCUCUUUAAUCCUGACAAAUCACCUAAAUAUCAAAUAAGCUUCAAUUGAAUAAAUUGAUAAUCUAAGAAUGAUAUGCAAUAGCUAAAUAUUGUUCACUACAAAUAAUUGUGCCAUGUGUGCACAGGUUGUUUCCAUCUUUCUGUGUAUGUAAUGAAUUAAGUAAAGGUUAGGAGGUUGGACAAUCUUUAAUGUCAUUUAAGUACAUUUGAAUUGAAAUUUUCGGUGUCAUGAAGGGAAAUCGAAGAAAAGGGAAAUCCUCUUCUAUAUAUAAGUAAAAUAUUUUAUCUGGUUCAUUGCUUAAGAUCAUAGUUCGUCCGAGUUGUUGUUCACGAAGUCAAUAUGUAGUAUUGUUUAUAUCAUUCCAUAUAUAUAUGAUCAAGUUCAAA